AUGCUGGAUUCGUCGCUUUCUCCGUUAAGCUCCCUUCCACAUGCCUACCGCUGGAUACUAGCAGCUGGAUAUUGCGAUGAUGCUGCCUCUUACACAGUAUCACGUACACUUGACUUCGAACUGUAUCCUAUUUCGAGGGUAAGACAUAAUUCACUAGCUUCUGAGCUCAUGUAUUGCAGAUACGUUAGGUAUAUUCUAAGAGGCCAGGAACCACUUCCCACUCAUAUGUUUGAUAUGCCACUCUGGAUACUAAUUAUGAAACUUCCACUCCAUGAAGAUUUCUCUUCGAUAUUCAGACACCGCUCUCCACCGGGUGGUUUCUCACAUGGCUAUCAAGCCAAUGAUAUGCGAAGAAGUAUUGCGAGACAUUUCAAAAUCCCCACAUUACUUGGGUCUCAAAAGCCGAAUGUCCACAACCUGUGCCGCUUUUGGAAUUCCUCCCCUAUCAUGAACACUGAGUGGGAUAUAUUAAUGCCGCUAUCAUGUCUCAAAGUUCGGCGAUGCUGGGGCCGUUGCAAGCAAGAAGAGCGCUGCCGUGACAUCCCGUUCACGCCUCCUCCCAACUCUCCACUACAUGAAAUCUGUUCUGAGGCCAGUAUUUCAAAUCCCCACAAUGCGGCUGGCGCUUCCGAGUAUCUUUCUCAACCUACUACCAUCGCACCAUAUUACCUUCUCCACCAACGCAAAUCUGAAACAUCUUUCCUAACUCCGACGGCCAAAUUCUCCGCUGACAGCAGACACGAGGUGUUCGCCUCAGGAUCGCGUUACCUCAAUCUCUCUUCUCCCAAUCAAACUCUUAUUCCAUUUGCAUUAACAUCGCAACUUUAUGAAUCUCUCAAAAGCUUUCCUUUCUCAUACGCUCGUUGCUCUACAGUACGAUAUCCAAUAUCGCUUCACAUGAUCCACUACUACCGAACUCCGCUUCCCUCACCUCUCCCUACCCACAACAAUAUCUUCCUAAUUCUUACUCACUCCGAGCACUGUCCCACAGUUCACAACCUGUCUUAG